UAAACUCCGCUCUCUCAGCUUCACACUCAGAGCAACAGGAGAAGAGCCACGGCCAGGACUGAGAUGGCUGACAAAGCUUACAGUGACAGUUCAAUUCUGCAGUCUGACAAGGAGAACCAGGAGUGGGGCUAUGAAGAAGGUGUUGAGUGGGGUUUGCUUUAUCCAGAAGCAAAUGGAGAAUACCAGUCUCCUAUCAACAUAAAUUCAAGAGAAGCCUUAUAUGACCCUUCAUUAUUAGAAGUACGACUAAUUCCAAACUAUGUUGUCUGCCGUGACUGUGAAGUGAUUAAUGAUGGCCAUGCAGUGCAAAUAAUGCUAAAGUCUAAAUCAGUUUUAUUAGGUGGUCCUCUUCCUCGUGGUCAUGAAUAUGAACUUCAUGAAGUUAGAUUUCAUUGGGGUAAAGAAAAUCAACGAGGUUCUGAACACACUGUUAAUUUCAAAGCAUUCCCAAUGGAGCUACAUCUCAUUCACUGGAAUUCUACUCUGUACAGAAAUAUUGAUGAAGCAAUGGGGCAAAUACAUGGAAUUGCUAUUAUUUCAUUAUUUGUGCAGAUAGGGAAAGAACAUUUAGGGCUCAAAGCCAUCACAGAAAUUCUCCAGGAUAUCCAGUAUAAGGGGAAGUCAAAAACAGUACCUUGCUUUAAUCCUAAUACAUUAUUACCUGAUCCACUUCUCCGUGAUUAUUGGGUAUAUGAGGGGUCUCUUACUGUACCACCAUGUAGUGAAGGAGUCACUUGGCUAUUAUUCAGAUAUCCAUUAACAGUCUCUCAAGCACAGAUUGAAGAAUUUAGGAGGUUGAGAACACACAUAAAGGGAGCAGACCUUCAGGAUGGCUGUGAUGGAAUACUGGCAGAUAAUUUUAGGCCAACCCAACCACUUAGUGACAGAAUAAUCAGAGCUGCUUUCCAGUGAACAAAAGGGAUUUUUUUUAUUUACACAAAAACAAUCGAAAACCACACUCCAAAAAUUAAUUCCCACGUUGGAACCCAUGGCUGUGCCUUGGAUCUGAAGCUGAUCAUUAUCUUCAAAUAGAAAAUAGUUACAAUAGAGAACUAGCAAAAAAAAAUCAAUUUGUGCCUAAUCAUAAUGGCCAUCCAAGCCUAAUACAGCUCUAACAGCACCCAUCCCACUCUCAUUAGUAAUGGACGUGUAGAAAACUCUCUACGUCCAGACUAAACAAAAGGAAUUUAUCUGUAUUUAAACCCAAGGACUCUAUUUUCAAUAGGAAAUCACUGGUAUCCUUAAUAAUGGAGUUCCAUAACUCUACAAAAGGUCUCAAAAUACGAUCCAAAAAGAUAGAAACAUUAGUUAAAAUAGGGCCUGUACUGGCAACGAUAGGACGUCCAGGGGUAGUCUCUUGAUUCUUAUAAAUUUUGAGGUGGGGGGGUGUAUAAAACAGGGCUAUGAGGAUGGUCUACUUUCAAAAAUGUAAAUAUCCCUUUAUCUAUAAGAUUAUUCUCUAAUGCUAUCUGGGAAAUCCUUUUCAAUUUCUUAAAUUUUCCAUUCCCAAUUGUUGUUUAAUUUCAUCUAUAUAAUAUGUCCGCUCUUUUUAAAAUUAUUUAAUUUCUAGAUUUUAAUGAGUUAAUGUCUUUCAAAUCCUGACUAAGAAAAUUAUUAUUUUUAAAGGAAUUACUAUACUUUCUUUGACUCAUUUUGUUAUGUUUUCUAAACCGUAACUGUUCUGCAUCAUGUUUAGCCAAGUUAAUAAAAGUUUCAACACUAUGAUUUGACUGUGGAGAAAUAAACAAAUUUUUAUUCCUAAA